UUUGUUUGCGCUCCAUACGAGGGAUUGAAGCAGGAUUGGGAAUAACAGAAGGCAGAAGCUCUCCAAUGACACGCAACUUAUCAACACUGUUGCAUGUCUGCACGCUCCAGCGGCUAGUUUGACAGCAAUGAAGUCCCGACAGUGCAACAAAGUUCUCGUAGAUGGCGUGAAGAUGCAACUGGAAUCUCAAUGAUGUUCCGGACUCAGAGUUCCUCUUCAGCAUGACAUUUGGUUGAAGCGUCUGUUUGACACGCCGAAUCUACCGUCGAGUUUUUUUUUUCUCUCUUUUCUUCUUUCUCCAUCGAAAUUCUGCACCGGCUUCCUCUCUCCUCCGCACCAGACUCUCGGGUGUUUUUCCACUCGGUUCAGGGAGAUGGCCGCCAUCGCCAGCUCUCUGAUCCGCCAGAAGCGCCAGGCGAGGGAGUCCAACAGCGACCGGGUGUCCACGUCCAAGCGUCGGCCCAGCCCCAGCAAGGACCCCCGCUCUCUGUGCGAGCGGCAUUUUUUGGGGGUCUUCAGCAAAGUGCGCUUCUGCAGCGGCAAGAAACGACCCGUGCGCCGGCGACCAGAGCCACAGCUGAAAGGCAUCGUGACACGACUGUUUAGCCAGCAGGGCUUCUACCUGCAGAUGAAGCCGGACGGAACCAUUGAUGGCAGCAAGGACGAGAACAGCGACAACACCCUGUUUAAUCUUAUUCCCGUGGGUCUGAGAGUGGUGGCCAUCCAGGGAGUGAAGAGUGGCUUCUACAUCGGCAUGAACGGCGAGGGAAUGCUCUACAGCUCUGAAAUGUUCACGCCAGAGUGCAAAUUUAAGGAGUCCGUUUUCGAGAACUACUACGUGAUCUACUCGUCCACCGUGUACCGACAGCAGGAGUCGGGCCGGGCCUGGUUCCUCGGCCUCACCAAGGAGGGCCAAGUCAUGAAAGGCAAUCGGGUGAAGAAGACCAAAGCUUCUUCUCACUUUGUCCCAAGGCCCAUUGAAGUCUGCAUGUACCGCGAGCCGUCGCUGCACGAGAUCGAGGACAAACACCGCUCCCGCAAGAGCUCAGGGACCCCCACCAUGAACGGCGGCAAAGCAGUCAACCAGGACUCCUCGUAGCAAUGAAAGGGAGGGGCUUCCACCGAGGGGCUUGGCCUGAAUGCCCCCACCCUCACCUCAAAGGGGAGGGGCCGUAGGAAACUGCCCGAAUCGUAUGCACCAUCGCUGAAAUAGAGGAGGAGCUAUUACUGUACUCGUGAUCAGAAGAGACAAACUCUGAACCCUUGCCUGUGAAAACUUUUAGAAGAAUUACUAUGAAACAGAGUCAAACUAUAUAUGUAUAUCUAUAUAUCGACCUUUUCAAUCAGGACUUGACUGAUAUUUUAUGCAAAAAGAGCUGUGACGCAAUGGAUCAGAGGCCUCUCCUCACACAAACAUCUCU